AUGGUCUUCCAGAUUUGUUCAAAAAUGAUCCUGUCAUUGGCUGCGCUCGCUACCGUCGCGUGGAUGCCUUCUGGUGUUUCCGCCCAGACUGUGCUAGAUGUGGCGAUUGAAAAUGACUUCACCACUCUUGUCGCAGCUGUGCAGGCAGCUGGUCUUGUGGAUGCUCUCAGUACGGAGGACGCGGAUUUCACAGUAUUUGCUCCUACUAAUGAGGCAUUUGAGAGUGUCAACGUCACCAUGCUCCUCGAGGACCAAUGGAGGGCACAUUUGACAUCAGUGUUGUUGUACCAUGUUCUUCCAAUUGAGGUGGAGUCGGGAGACCUCGAAGUUGGUCUUUCGGCCGAGACUCUCGAGGGUGCAUUUGUGAAUAUCACAAGUUUGAAUCCUCCACAAGUGAACAAUGCUGAAAUCAUCAUUGCGGACGUCGAAGCCGAAAACGGAAUUGUUCAUGUCAUUGACGAUGUGUUGCUGCCACCCUCCAUGACUUCCAGUAUCGUGGACUUGGCCGUUGCAACUCCUGAGCUCUCCACCUUAGUGGAGCUUGUGACAUUGGCUGAACUUGCUGAUGUUCUCGCCACAGAUGGACCAUUUACAGUCUUUGCCCCAACAAAUGACGCCUUUGCUGCUCUUGAUGACGCCACUGUAACGGCCCUGACUGAUGAUCCCUCUGGUGCUCUGACAAAUGUGCUCCUCUAUCAUGUGGUUCCUGGCAUUAUCCUGGCGGAGGACCUCGUAGAUGGUGCCACUGUCACAACCCUCCAAGGAAGUGACAUUACUGUUUCAUUGGAUCCUGCGAUGAUCAAUGAUGCUAAUGUUGUCCUGCCUGAUGUGCUUGCCAACAAUGGGGUGGUACAUGUCAUUGACGCUGUGAUCGUGCCACCACCUGUCCCUGCACCAGUUCCUGCUCCUGCUCCGGCUGAUGAGCCAACUGAGACUAUUGUGGAUCUGGCAGUUGCAACCCCGGAUCUCUCUACUUUGGUUGAACUGGUGACACUGGCUGGACUUGCGGAUGUGCUUGCUACUGGUGGGCCUUUUACAGUCUUUGCUCCAACGAAUGAUGCGUUUGCUGCUCUUGAUGAUGCCACUGUGACUGCCCUGACAGGUGAUCCUUCUGGCGCCCUGGCAGACGUCCUACUGUAUCAUGUUGUGGAAGGCACUGUGCUUGCUGAAGAAUUGACAGAUGGCCAGCUUGUCACCACUCUGAAUGGUGCAGAAGUGGUAGUCUCCAUUGGAGAUUCAGUGAUGAUCAAUGAUGCCACCGUUGUCCUGCCUGAUGUGCUUGCCAGUAACGGGGUCGUGCAUGUCAUUGACGCUGUGAUCGUGCCACCACCUGUCCCAGCACCAGUUCCUGCUCCUGCUCCGGCUGAUGAGCCAACUGAGACUAUUGUGGAUCUGGCAGUUGCAACCCCGGAUCUCUCUACUUUGGUUGAACUGGUGACACUGGCUGGACUUGCGGAAGUGCUUGCUACUGGUGGGCCUUUUACAGUCUUUGCUCCAACAAAUGAUGCUUUUGCUGCUCUUGAUCAUGCCACUGUGACUGCCCUGGCGGCUGAUCCAUCUGGUGCUCUCACAGACGUCCUACUGUAUCAUGUUGUGGAAGGCACUGUGCUUGCUGAAGACUUGACAGAUGGCCAGCGUGUCACCACUCUGAAUGGUGCAGUACUGGAAGUCUCGAUUGGAGAUUCAGUGAUGAUCAAUGAUGCCACUGUUGUCCUGCCUGAUGUGCUUGCCAACAAUGGGGUCGUACACGUUGUUGAUGCAGUGCUGGUGCCUCCUGCUGACACGGCUUCGGCUGCUGGGUACGACCGCUUGGAAUCCACUGAUUUCAGCCGUGCUUGCAUCGAGGUGAAGGAUGGCAUCGCCACGAACGGUCAGCGUGUCAUGUUGGGCGACUGCACAUCGGCAAAUGGAGGAUGGAGACUUGAUGACAGCGGACGGUUUCGUAGCGAGCUCGACGAUGACUUCUGCCUCCAAGCCGGAUACGGUUAUGCCCGUUCAAUGGUUGGACUCGUUGUCCGUAUCCAGCAUUGUGAUGAUCACAACAGGCUUCAGGAGUGGAAAUACAGCGAUGGCGAAUACUUGAGCCCAUCCUUACACGAUGACCUUUGCGCCGUGUGGCGCGGAACGACACCAAACGUUGGGGAGGACCCCAUCAUUCUCAUCGACUGUGCUCAUGCCGCGCACAGGAAGGGAUGGACUCUUGCUUAG